GACAUGACUGGCCUUGAAGCUUUGUCUUGACACUUGUCACUUGUCAGUGUCAGUCAGUUCGUGUUGUGCUUAUUGGAGUUGUGGUCGUCUAUAAUUUUUAUCGUAUUAUGUGUAACUGUAAGUGUUAAUAAAAUUAUAAUUAUUAUUUUCUUGCUCUAUAGAGUGUUAUAAGACAUAUUUAAAGUAAAUUAUCAUCAAAAUGGUUAGCGGACGUGCGUUACAUUUCGUCUUCAAAGUCGCCGACAGGACACUUACAGCAAAAUUUUACAGAGAAGUUCUCGGAAUGAAGGUACUCCGCCAUGAGGAAUUCAGUGAAGGUUGUGAGGCUGCCUGUAAUGGACCAUAUGCUAAUAGAUGGAGUAAGACAAUGGUGGGUUAUGGACCUGAAGAUGAUCAUUUUGUAGUUGAGUUGACAUACAACUAUGGAAUCACGCAUUAUGAGCAAGGAAAUGAUUUCCGUGGCAUUACAAUACAGUCCAGUGAAGCAUUGAAGAGAGCAGCAGCUGCUAACUGGCCGGUUAAGGAAUCUGAUGGAUUAAAGUUUGUUGAAGCACCUGGAGGUUACAAGUUUUAUAUUAUUGACAAGCCACAACCUACAGAUAAAGAUCCAGUAAAGCAAGUGUCACUUGCUUGCUCAAACCUCACCAGAUCUGUUGAAUACUGGAACGGGCUUCUCAAUCUCAAGAUAUACGAGAAGAAAGACAAAUCCGCUGUCUUGGGUUUCGCUGAGGACCAAGCUAAAUUGGAACUGGUUGAUAUUGGUGAACCAGUUAAUCAUGCGAAGGCAUACGGUCGUAUCGCUUUCUCUUGUCCGUUUGAAGAGCAACCGAUAAUAGACGAGAAAGUACGUAAAGCGAACGGCAAGAUCCUUACUCCACUCAUAUCUUUGGAUACCCCGGGCAAGGCGACCGUGAGGGUAAUCAUCCUCGCAGACCCUGACGAUCAUGAGAUCUGCUUUGUAGACGAUGAGAGUUUCCGUCAGCUGUCCCAGGUCGACCCUAACAGUGAUGCUGACCUCGACAAGUACAUCAAAGCUGAUAAAUCCAGAGCAUAAGUUUUUAAGCAUCCCUCAAACAUCAGUGUAUUAAUGUCAAAAUGUUAAUUUUACUGUAGCCCUAAAAUGUUGCAUGACAGGUAAAAGUAUAUUUUUGUCAAAUUUGAUAACCAUUGAUCGUUUCGUCAAAUGUUUGAAAUCUGGAAAGCGUUUAAUGAAGAUGUAUGCGAUGAAAAAAUUAACAAAAUGGUAAAAUUAUACAAAAAUUGCUCCGAUAUAGAAGAUAGCCAUAUAACAUAAACUAUGUCAACUUCAAUUUGAGAUAUAUUGACAUUGUGAUAUUAAUCCUCUAGAUGUGUUAUUCCAUAAUUGUUUCAGUGUUUAUCUUGUAUCGAAUUUUUAUUUUAUAAUUUGUGAUAUUUAUAAUCAAUAUAUUAUAAGCUAAAUAAAAUCAUUGGCACCUAAUUUAAGCAGUAUAGUAUAUUUAAAUGAUUGUUAUUACUCUCUCAACUGUAUUUCUGUGCAUAGCCCAUUUAUCCAAAAUGCAUGUACUAAAUGGUACUUUCUUUUAAAAUAUUGAUACAUUUGAAAUUAAUAUAUAAAGUUAUAAAUUAUUUUCAGUAGUUAUAUAAUCAAAAAGACAUAAUAAUGUAGUUUACUAUUAUAUGUUAUUAAAUUAGUUUAAAAAAUUAAAAUUAAUUUGAACGUUAUUGAUACGAAUGUUUAAAUCGUUGUCAAAUGUAUGUUUUUUGACAAUUCUUAUUCUGUUAUGAUCGAAAGUCAGAGUGCACAUUUUAUGUUCUCUAAAUCCUUAAUUUCGAAUAUACAUGGUGAAAGUUUAUUCUAAGUUAAAAUAUUUGUAUGAAAAUAAUAGCAGCAUUUUAC